CCUCUCUUAUACUCUCGACCGAGCGCGCGCCGGUCACACGUUCCGCGAGUGGUAAAAUGUGCAACAUGUGUGCUAGAGACGUCACUACCGAGGCCCCCGUGCCCGCCAAGCCCAAAGUGUCCAGGAUCCUGGAGAGGAUGAAGGCGAAACACAACAUCACCACAGAUCCUAUUAGCUUAGAAAAACAACGCGAGGUGGAGUAUCAGCCCGAUCUCCUGGCAGUUUCCACCCAGUAUACGAAGGUUGCUUACGAUCUGUUCAAGCAAGGACUGGUCCGCAUGCAGGAAAGCAAGGCUUACGUUAUAGCGACGCGCACCUCGCAACCCUACCACGUGGCCCUGGCCAUCCUGGUGCUACUGGCGUGGCUAAGCCGGCCUGGCUCCGCGUCCAACCUUCGCGGCUGGCGCGCCCUAUACGUAACCGCCGUCGCCACGCAUUUAGGCGCUCAGAUUUGGAUGACGCUUGUUUCUGGUAUCGUCCUUUACUUCUCGCUGCCCCGUCACGAGUUCGGGCGCGUGCAAACUGUCCUGUUCCCCGUGUACUACGCGUUCAACGCGACCGUCAGCCUGCUGGGACUCCUCGCCUACUUCAGAACUCAGUGCCUCACCAAGUUCGAGAACACUUCCUGGGUACAGUUAGCCCUGCUGCUAGCCGUAUUCAGCAUCGAGUCGUACGUGCGGCUCCGGCUGGUGCGGCCUAUGCUGCGCGCCAAGCAUGUCAAAACACAAAUGGAAGAGGCAGCGGGGGGUGGCCAAGAAGUCGGUCGUCUAAUUCUAGGCGAGCUCGCUCACUGCCCGCGCUACCUCCGCGUGCUGAAAACCUUCCGCACCUACCACUCGUCUAUAGCGAUGGGCACCAUGAUCUCGCUCGGCUGCUCGCUAUACUCCACCAUGAUCCUGGUCGACUCCAUGUGCCAAUAGGCGAACGGGCUGGAAGUGUUGGGUUUAGAAUCAGCAGACAGUCGAAUACUAUCGAAUAAGUUUACCCCGAAGUAAUGUUAAACAAUGUACUGAAACUUAGAAUUUUGUAAAGUAUUUUUCAAUAGAACUUGCAGAAAAUUGAAUUAUUCUUUUUUACUAUGUAGUUCAGCAUUGUUUUAGGAAGCGAAAUAUUCGUUUCAUCGUGAACUGUAUAAAAAAUUAUACCUAUUUACAUAAUAUAAUUAUUUCUGUAAGUUGUAUUGAAAAAUGCUGCAAUUCCAUAAUAUAAAUUUGAAAACAGGUUAGGUAUAAAUUGAGUUUGUAUCUGUAACUAAAAAAUCCUUGAGUGAAUUCCCGUGUAAAUCCCAUAUUAUAGUAAGCUAAUAAUACUGCCAAAACCUGUUCCAUUGACUUUGAAUUCACGCCAAUGUCAGGAAUUUUAAUAUGGAAUCCAUCGACACGCCUCUAUUUUGGUCGAUGUCGUUGUUCUGUCAAAAGAUAAUUUACUAAAAUUUUGCUCCGUUUGUACUAUUUUUUAUAAUCAUGACCCGACUAAGGGAAUUUCAUGCUUAUAUCGCAGUCCAAAUAAAGAGUGCCUAACGAUAAAUUACGACUCAGGUCCGCAGAAUAAUGCCGAUAUGUCCUGGCUUGCCAAAGGUGUAGGUAUCUUCUGCUGCCUAGCACUUCCUUUCAAAUCAGGCUGUGAAGUCUGUUAUUACGCUUUAUUUAAGAAAUGUAUAGUAUUAUCAAAUUAGUAAAUUCGAUUGACUUGACGGGUACAAAUGGCUUGACGCGCUGGUCGCAGUUCCCGCGCGGAACAAACGAGUGUCAUUAUGAAAAUUUAGUCGUUUAAGGUUAGGUUUUAUUAUUACAAUUAACGAUUAGGUGACUUUUAGACGAUGUUGCUUAUAAAGCAUGAAUAGAUGUAAUGGAUACUUAUGGAGGUGAAAGAUUAUUUCAAUGAUAAGUAUUUGAAGUCAGAUUUUUCUAUAAAACCUAAUCACAAAUAUGCACCUGUUUUUUUAAGAAUAUGCUGCUGCAUAUGCAUUCGACAUACUAAUUGAUCUUCUUCAUACUUAUAACAUCAUCGUCUAAUUGAGGCCUAAUAUGUCAAUUAUAAUUAUUUUAAAUUGUAAGUAGAUGUACGUAAAGUGAUGUUUGUUUUUGAAGCAAGAUGACGACCGAGGUCGAUUGCCGUUGCAUGGCAUGAAACAAUAAGCUGUGAAAAUUAUGGGGAAAUCUCAAUUCCCCAUGCAUUUCUAAGUCUAUUAGUUUUCUAGCGUACGAUUGCUUCAGACACAAAAUGGCAUUUAUUUAUAAAGGUACAGUCACACAGCUGUGCAGGAUAUCGGUGAUGGUGAUACCGUUCUCUGUUAUAAUAUCAAGCACGACUACGUUAUAGAACAGUAGCAGAUAUUUCACGGACAAGUACGGUCCCCCGCCUACAUGACUGUGUGACUAGACCUUUAGCCAACGCACUUACAGCCGUAGCUCGUGUGUAGCCGUCGGCCGCAGCCAGCCCAUCGUUAAGCUGCUUGAUGAAACUCGUUGUUUGCUCUCUAAUUUCCUGCACUACUGCCAUAGUGUUAGCUCUAAGUGUAGUUUUAAGCAAUGUACAGGACUCUUGCCAACGUGUAACAUCAUUUAUGCAAACUCCUUAAGCAGGAAGUUAUGAGGCAUGCAACUCUUUGUGUGUUCACACUCGCACGAUUUGAGUAACGUGACCUGCGCUGCUCUGUCGAUUUCCGUUUGAAAUUUGACAGCGCAAAUGGUUAACGCUAGAUAAAGUUUGUUGUGAUCACCGUGUUGUCUAGUCAGCAACGUUUACGACGCGUUCGUAAAAUCGCAAUGGAUUUUUAUUGUCGCGCUUGAAGUGUUUAUGGAACCGCGGCUUAACGCGCCGUUUGAACACGAUCAUCGAUUGACGUGUUGAAAUGACGGUUUGAAGCCGCCUGGUCAAGCAGCUUAGGCCUUAAUGGCUGAGGGUUCGUUAUGUAAUUAAUUAUGCUGUUACAGUAGCGACAUUUAUUGUAAAAUUAAAGUUGGUAUAGUAUUAUUGAUAAUUUCAUAUAUUCGUAAAUGAUCUGAGUGUUUAUGUGCAAAAUUAUUUAUUUGAGAUUUGGUGUGCGUGAGAUAGAAAACUUUUAAAUUGUAAAAUAUAUAUACAUACAAUAAUGAAAA